GUCCGGGGAGAGCGGAUAUAGUGAAUGCGGGGUCCGGGGAGAGCGGAUAUAGUGAAUGCAGGGUCCGGAGAGACCGGAUAUAGUGAAUGCAGGGUCCGGGGAGAGCGGAUAUAGUGAAUGCAGGGUCCGGGGGAGAGCGGGAUAUAGCGAAUGCGUGGUCCAGGGAGAGCGGAUAUAGCGAAUGUGGGGUCCGGGGAGAGCGGAUAUAGUGAAUGCGGGGUCCGGGAGAGCGGAUAUAGUGAAUGCGAGGUCGGGGGAGAGCGGGGAUAUAGUGAAUGCAGGGUCCGGGGAGAGUGGAUAUAGUGAAUGCGGGGAUAUAGUGAAUGUGGGGUCCGGAUAUAGUGAAUGCAGGGUCCGGGGAGAGCGGAUAAGUGAAUGCGGGGUCCGGGGAGAGCGGAUAUAGUGAAUGCGGGGUCCGGGGAGAGCGGAUAUAGU